GCGCCCUGCUGUGCCAAAAUAUUCUUCACACCCCCAUCUUUCCCUCCAAAAUCAAAAAAAAAUAAAAAACCUCAUCUUCCCACAACCAACACCGAGGCAAUGACAAGGCAGUACAAAAAAGAUAAAAAAUUUGUCGUGCUUGACCGGACGCCCUCCACACCGCAGAGGAACGUUGCGAAGAGAAAGCGGUGUACGAUGAGAAUACUUGAGGUCAUCUACGAUGAGUGCGGGGUUGGUAGCAACGAUUGUAGUGGCAGUGACAGAAUUGCGGAUACGAACGAUAAAACUGCGAAUAGCGAAUGCAGCAGCACAGACCAUCAGAACAAAGAAAGUAUAAAAAAUUGUACUGCCAUGCAUAAACAGAUCGAAUGCUUUGUGCCCGUCGCGCUGAUCGGACAGGGAGACUUCUCCAACGUGUACCUGAUAAGGAGGAACGUGGAGCAACGAUUUGAUUUUAACACGGAUAUUAACGCACAGAUGAGCGCACGGCACGGUGCUGCUCAUGGAUUGAAUGAUUUGUUUGGGGCUGCCCGUGUUUUGGGAGAUGGCGGAAGCGGUAACAAUGAGAGCGCGUGCUACGGUACGGGCAAGUGCACUGCGAAUUGUGGUACCGCCGCAAGUGCAACAAAUAACCGCACCAAUCUCAUGGAUCGUUCCCUCUCAGCACUCAAAAUAUCAACAAAAGCGCUGCUCUCAGCCACCCAGAAGAACGAGUACCUCACAGAAAUACAAAUACUGAAAGCUUUGCGCACCUCUCCACACGCAGUCAGGCUGCACCGUGCAUGGUCUAUCAAUUCGCACCUGUACGUUGAAACGGAGCACUGCAACUUAGGAUCGUUCCUUAACCUCGUGGAGUACGUGUACAAGCUGAGGAAGAGUGCGCUGAGCGAGCGGUUCGUAGCGUAUUUUAUGAUGGAGAUGUGUGCAGCGUUGGUCGAGCUUAAGAGAGCGGGUGUUAUGCACUGUGAUGUUGCACCCGGUAAUAUUUUGAUGAGUGUGGAGCGGGGUGGUGGGAAGGGUGUGGUGAGGGAGAUUGAGGGGUAUGUGCACUGGUACUGUGAGACGAGGGGGUACGUGCUUGGUGAGGAAUGCGUUGAUACCGGUUGUGAUGGCGGGGAUGGGUGCGAUGAGGAGGGAACGGAGCAUAAAGAAAGAAAUGCUAGAAAAACAAAUAUUAAAAAAAGAAAAGGAAGGAGUAGCAUGGCUUGCGGUGCAAGAAAUGAUAAAAAGAAGGAAGGAAGUGAUAAAACGAACAACGGUGCAUUUCCGCACUUCAAACUGCUCUUCAAGCUUGCAGAUUUUAACAUCUCAAAAUUUGCAUAUUCUUCCCUCCAGCAGGAAGGCACGCCCCGUUACCUUUCAAAAGAAGCGCUCGCAGGCAGUUACCACUACUCCUCCGAUCUAUUUUCGCUGGCAUUGAUAUGGCUGGAAAUAAAGGAGGGCAUUGAUCUGCCAUCGAACGGCGCGUAUUGGCAUGAAUUGAGGGAGGGCAGGUUCGAGUGCAGCACGUUUUGCAGGGAUGAUGAGGGGGUGCUGAGGAGUGUGCUUGGUGGAGCAGAUGAUAGGAUGGAUGUGGAAAGAGUGUACGCGUACUUUAAAGGUAAGUACGAUGAGUGGGGAGGGUAGGUGGUGUACGUGUAGGAUAACACCUUGUUUUGUAUUUAUGGUAUGAUAGGGGGUAGGGCAGUGAAAGGGUGAGGUACCAGGUAAUAUUGUAGAGCAUAAGAUAGUGUUGUAGAGCACAAGAUAGUGUUGUAGAGCAUAAGAUAGUGUUGUAGAAUAUGGUUUAUAAAAUGGAGUUUAGAA